AUGAACCGCUCGAUCCGGAAGACCGCUUCUGACCUGAAUGUGUCGAUCGGGACGCUGUGGACCAUCAUGACGAAAGACCUGGGAUACAAGCCGUACAAGAAACGCAAGGUUCACGGAGUAACGGAGGCUACAACGAAGAAGAGGAGGAACAGAGCCAAACUGAUACUUUCGCGGCACGCAGGUCAGGAGUUCGUGUUUUCGGAUGAGAAACCCUUUGUCCUACAACAGCCGCAUAAUGCCCAAAAUGAUCGGUUGUGGGCGCCGACGUUUGCCAGCAUCUCUCCAUCCCACAUAAACAUCCCGCGGUUCCAAAGCGCUGCGUCGGUGAUGGUUUGGGGGGCCGUAUGCAGGCGUGGGAAGCUCCCACUGUUGUUCAUCGAUAAAAACGCGAAAAUCAACGCCGCAUAA